AUGGCUGAGUCCGAGAGAGCCGAGCCUCUCGGGGCGCAAAUGGAUGAGCCCAAGAGCGCCGAGCUACCACAGGUGGAGACGUGGGACCCACUGCCUUCGGUGGAGCGAUGGAAGAAGUUCCACGUCCAACCCACAGAGGAACAGCUGGAAUACUUCGAUUUCGACCCUCGGGUGACCCUUUCAGAUGAUUUAAAAAUAGGCUAUUUCAAAACCGAUCGUGCUACUCAAACAGAUGUCACUGAAGUUUUGGAAAUAAGAAAGCUAAGUGACACAACACAAAAACUAGUCAAGGUUACUACUCUCCUUCAACGAGAUUUUAAAUAUCUCAAAAUAUACCUGGAGAUGCAGUUUGAGGACCGCCUGAAAGAAGUAUCCAAUAAACUCCAUAAAGAAAUACAAAUGAUUAUUGAGGAAAUAGUAGCUCUUCAUGAAAAGAAUGAGGACACAAUGAGAAAAAGCUUCUAUAAGCAGCUGUGUGAUGCCAUUGCUUCUAUCCGAGGGGCAUAUUCGCAUUUCUUUGAAGUAGAGGAAGAAGCUGCAAAAAUGCCCUCAGUGAACACAAAUAUAUUCAAAAGAAAGCUUAUGGAGAAAAAUGAUAUAAUAAGAGAUUUACAGGAACAAUUAGCAUCCUAUAAAGAAAAUAAGUUUUUCAAAUUGGAAUCCUUAAAGGAAGAAUACAAUGAGAAAAUAGCACAGCUGGGAAAGGAGAUUAGCGACCUCAGAAGGGAAAAUGACAAACUGAAUAAGGCCACUGCAGGACUUGAAGAGGACCUUCAACUCUGUGAAAAGGCAAAUACACUCUUAGAAGGUGAACUUUCGGCUAUGAAACAAAGAGUGGAGAAUGAUCAGAAAACGAUUCAAAAGUUAACCUUACUGAAGGACAAACUAUGUGAUGAGCUUGAUCAAGAGAAAAGAGCAAUUCAAGACAUGUAUGGCCAACAAAAGGAAGCCAUCGAAGAAACAAGAAGGCUCUUGGAAGCUGAAGGCAUUGGUGCCAAGUCCUUUAGAGGAACUCCAAAGUCACACCAUGAAGAAAGGCCGAGUCUGCGCAGGACCCCCUCGGUAAGUCAGGAAGGGAGAAAUUGGGAUCAAAGACUGUCAAGAAGUGGGCGAAAAGAAAGUUUUAUGAAAGAAGGGACACCAGCAGCAGCAGCAGGAGCAGCGGCAGCGGCAGCAGCGGGGGCAGCGGCGGCAGCAGCAGCAGCGGCGGUGGCAACGGAGGCAGUAGCCGCCAAAGCGGAGCACGAAAGAGAGGAGAACCAUGAUCUAAUAUGGAGAGAAGGAGUAGACAGUAAACAGUCAAUGGAGUUUCAAAUCAGAAAGCUGAAGAAGAUUUUGGAGAUGCAGAGGAGACAGUUAAGAAGCCUUGAAACUGAAGCUGGUCAGGACAGCAAAAUAUGGGAAAAGAAAUACUUAAUUCUAAAGAACACUUUACACGCCCUUAAGGAUGAGAUGUUUACCAGACAGUCGUUUGUUCGCCAGUUUGUAACACUUUCCGAUGCCUACUUCAAUUACCACAAAGCAAAGCCCUUAUACAUACAGCCAAAACGUGUCCCAUCAGUGAAAGAAAGGCCAUAUCAACCUACAGUUUUGCCCCGUCUAGACAGCAGUAGUCAUUCUCAAAUCAGUGACGACUUUUUAAUCUUUUCAAUGCCCACUACAUCAAGAGGAAUGACAGCCAGGCUCUGUGUGUUUCUCUCUCCCAUUGCCCUGGCUGUAGUGACCACAUUGACACCUACCGGUGCCCAAAGGCUGCGAUUCUUUGUCGCCUUCUCCACGCUCCUGGAUUUCACUGGGAUUACUCAGACCCCCAACGCUCCCCUCACAAUCCAUGAAACAGGUAAAAUUCCCUCCCUGCCAGGACAGAACAGGAGACAGCAGGACCCAGUAUGGGAAAGGUCAGUGUCGUUGUGUUUGGUCCACCGAGGGGGUGUUUUCACACUGAAAACUAAGCCAGCUGUCCCUGUCAUACUCUCGCCAUUGGGGAGCGCGCACUGUGCAUGGUUAUUAGCCACAUUCUACACCUGCAAAAUAUACCGAUUUCCAAGACUUUUCAAGCUCCCCCCACUCUUCUUAUUCCACACACCGCCCCCCCCUCCCGCCUUCUAA